UCCCCUCCCCGUUUUGAACGUGACACACUCACUCACUCACAAUACCUAUAUAUUCGCUAAGGUUCACUUUUCUCAACUCUCUCUUCACUUCAUGUGCCCACUCUCGUUGUCACACCCAACACUCACAAUCUUGCGUUCUUGAUUUUACUCUCGUAACAAAGGGUUAGGGAAAUAUUGAGUACUUUUGCAUACUGGAUGGAUGCAAACAAGGUAAAACCUAAUGCACAAGGGAGCAACAUUGAGACCAGAAGGUGGAAAUUACCAGAGUUUCGUAAAAGAGUUGUGAAGAAAGUAGUGGAUACAAUAGUAAAGCAAGAUCCGUAUUGGGAACAUAGUUUAUCUGGGCUUAUUACACAUGCAGAAAAAUUUGAGGAGAAAGUGAAUGCUGCUGCCAGAAAUGAGGCUGAGUACAUUGCUACCAUAACAGCAAAGUUAAAGGCAAUAAGUUCACGACUUCAAAAUGAUGAACCCAAACACCUGCUCUCAAACUCUUCUGGCUCUGAGGCAGGAAAAGCUGCAAAUAAUGAAGAAUUGCAGGAGCAGGUUUAUCAAAAGAUUCAAAGGAUGAAAGACACACAUUUUGCGAGACUCAAUGCCAUUUACCAACAGAUUUGUAGCAAACUUCGGCAGCAUGAGUCCUCUCCUCACGAACCAAAGACAUUCAAUGUGGAAAAGUUCAGAGGACAUAAGAGACUAUACGAAGACAUUUUUGCAAUGUUUAGAUUGAGAAAAAGCCAGAUUACCCCCGAAAUCAGUGAGAGAGUAGAUAGAGUGGAAACUUUAAUAAAUUCUAUUAUACAACAUCAGAAUCUUUCUUCACAUCAAGGAAAACAUUCAGCUGAUGUCCAAUCCAAGCAACAGGUUCUCCCACAAGUAUUGGGAACGCAGAAUGAUCAUUUAGCAAAGCAAACUUCUCAGCGUAACAAUAUGUGUUUGCAAGAGCAGCAAGUGGCAAAACAAUAUGGCAAUUCAGAACAGGGUGUAAAUCAACUGUCUAUCAAAGAAGGCCCUGGAAAAGCUGUGCAACGACAAACACUCUGUGCACAAGCAACUGAAGCAUCUGGUGUCAGCACCAAUGAUAUGGGGUUUUCAUCUUCUGCCUUGAUUAAAGGAAGCGGUAAUCUAAAUGAAGUUUCUCAUAAACCUGCACUCAUUUCUGAAAAGCCAAGUGCUGCAAUGCAACGUUUGAUUGGAGUGUUUACCUCCAUGUCAUCUGAAGCAUUGGGUGCAUCAAUUGGUAAAAUUAGAGAGGUAGUCCAUUUGAAUGAUGCAAUACCAGCGGCAAAAUUUAUAGAUGAGCCACUAGAGAUUGCAGGACAACAAAAUCAACCAAGUCGUAUCCCACAAGGAAGGAAAAUGGCCUGCAACAUUAAUGCAAUGGCCUUUGAUACUUCUAGAAGUUGUGCUAGUACACAUGAAAGUUUCAACCAGUUGACAGAUGUUGAGGAACCUGACUUGGAUUUAGUCGCAUCUAAAGUAAAACGCUCUAGAAUAGAGGAAAAUUGCGCUGUUUUUGAAGAAAUAAAGGAGACAAACAAUCAAAUGAUAGAUUGUGAAAUAGUUAUUGGUGAUAAAGACGACAUUCAAAGUGCAGCUGGGGGAGAUACUGAACAUCCUGAAGGACUUGUUGUUAAAUUCUUGUUCAAUGCAGUAACUGUUAAUCAGGACCUAAUAUCUCAUUUUGCUGCUGAUAAAAAGUCCAUAAUCAAACCUUUAUGGGUGGUUGUUCCCACAAGUUAUCCAUUUUCCUCACCAGUAAUUUUAGACAAAAUGCCAUUGGAUGUCAGUGAGGGCCUGCAAGAUCUAUCUGUGAAAGCAAGAACAAAGCUGAAACUUUAUCUUCGAAGAUUGGACCAACCCUUGUCAAUUGGGGAUGUAGCAAUCUCAUGGGAACAUUGUGCCAGAGAAGCAAUCCGUGAGUAUGCCCAGGCCAAUGGUGGAGGAAUAUUUAGCUCAAAGUAUGGAGGGUGGGAGAAGUGUUAAAAUUCUGGGUAAUGAAUUGCCAUUUUGCUGUUUGUUCUCAUAGGAAAAGGAUAUAUCAUGUACAUUUAGAGCCUUGAAUAGGUUGAUGUACAGCAGUUUUACAGAAAAGUAUGAGAACAUAUCAAGGACAGUUUAGUAUAGUGAAAUCAUUUUGAUGACAACUUUAAAAAUGGAUUAAAUCAGUGUUCAUAGUAAUUCUUGCUCAUGUUGCUCAUGGGAAGGAUUUGAUUCUAUAAUUACCUACAAAACU